UUGGGAACACCGUAACAAAGGAUCACAAAGAGUUUUUCUGCAAAUGAUAAUGUGAAAGUUUCGAGAUCCUGCUUGAUAGAAUUUACUGUUGAGUCUGGGACUAAGAUUUUGUCGCUUAAGUGGUAUCUUGACCUGAUCGUUCAAAAAUCGAUCCAUUUAUUCAGGAACUUUAUUCAGAAUUGUUCUCACAACCUGGAACUUAUUUCGAGGUGAAAAUGCGCGCCCGAUUCUGGAUCUACUGUGCACGAAGGAUUUAGUUCUAACCUCGAUAUACAGUCGCAACUAAUUUACAAGCUAUGGAACAAUUUCACAAAGUGCUGUCACUGACCACGUUUGUGAUUUUAAUUCAGGUUCAUGGUGAAGCUGUUCAUCCGUCAGAGCAUCCAGGCCUGCAGGUGCUGGCCACGGCCUCACACUACUGGCCCCUGGAUGCCGUGGAUGGGAUUCACGGACUGUGGGACCAGAUUGGAAACAGAACAGGUCAUGUUAAUGGAAGUAAUAUAACUCUCAGAAUCCACAACCACACUGUGCUCCCUCCCUCCCAUAACACUUCCUCUGUGUAUACCAAUGACUCUGCCUACACUAACAUUUCCGCAACCGUAGACAUUGUAGAAGGAAUGGUUAACAAAGGAAUCUAUCUGAAUGGGGAUAAAGGGGCCACCUUUUUGCACUUCGGGAACUACAAGAAUUCCUGCAUCAGUGACCCGACCAUGUGUGGCCCUGAAGGAAUCACGUUUUCCUUUUUUUGGAUGAACCAGGAGGCAAGCUCACGCUUUGCCAUAGCAUCUGGGGGUAAAGUCAUCUCCAAUGGGUUCUCCGUCUAUGCCAACGCCUACGGCGGGUAUGUGGAGUUCUACACUCGGGGAGAUUCCAAAAGGUGGAAGGCAAACAUCAAGAUUCCAGGGCCUUACUGGACCCACAUCCUGUUUACAUGGACACUGAAGGACGGCCUGAAAGUCUACGUCAACGGGACCUUCGAUGUCAGCGACCCCCACGGCAGAGUGACCAAGAACUACGGGGACCCGUACCAAGAACUCGUCAUCGGAACUGGCAACGAGGAGAACUACAAGCACUUCGUGACCGGGGCCUUCGAUGAGUUCGUCAUCUGGGAGAGGGCUCUCUCGCCAGACGAAAUCUGGCAGUACUACAAGGCCGCGAAAGGUGAAGCUGUGGUUGCUCCCACGACACCAUAUGUCCCAAUCCCCACAACCUCUACAGAGAAUACUCCUCAUGCGCCCACUGAAACCUCACACUCCAUCAUCACCACCCUGCCAGAGGAGGCCCGGGUCUACGAGUCACCGGUACCCAUGCCUGACUUCCUGGAUUCUCUGUCCAUCAGCUUGCCUAAAAAGAACAUCACUCAGGAUGCUGCCAACAACCUGACCCUGGCCUUUCUGAAGAGUGUGGAAGAGGUCCUCUCCUCCCCAGGGUGGCCUGUCGUCGGGGAGCAGUCGACCCCCAUGGUAAGCGGGCUGAUCGAGACAGUGGACAAAGUGAUGGUCCACAUGGUGUCCAACCUGGUGUCCAGCUCCCAGUCCAUCAUUUCUAUUGGCGGGAAGUCCUCUGUGGCAGAUUACUCCCUGAUGAAGAUCCCACAGAACUACAACCUUCCACUGUACCGCUUCCCCACACAAGGAAAGAACUACAUCUCUGUUCCUGGGGAGGCCUUUACUCAGAAGUCUCAAACCACCAUCGUAGGCCUGUUCUACCACACCAUGCACAACUACUACAAAGAGAUCAGCCCUCAGAAAACCAAGAUCAACGAGGCAACUGAUUUCAAAGAUCACAAGAUCCAGGUCGCCAGUUUUCUCAUCUCCCUGAAGGUGGAGCCGUCCCCUGCCCUCUCUGUAAACCUGUCAGGAGCCCCUCUCAUAAAAAUCGUCCUAACGCACCUCCUGAAUAAGGAACAGUACAGUCUCGCCUCAAACCGCAGCAACAAAGUCUUCCUCUACUGCGCCUUCCUGGACUACAGCAACAAGGAAGGCGUGUGGUCCAACGAGGGCUGUGUCCGGUCCGAGGGGAACCUGUCCUACUCCGUCUGUCUGUGCAACCACCUCACCAACUUCGCCAUCCUCAUGCAAGUGGUGCCGCUGGAGCUCACCAAGGCCCACCAGGUAGCACUCUCCUCCAUCAGCUACAUAGGCUGCUCCAUCUCCAUCUUCUGCCUUGCCAUCACGCUGGUGACCUUUGCCAUUCUGUCAUCCGUGAGCACCAUCCGGAACCAGCGCUACCACAUCCACGCCAACCUGUCCUUCUCCAUCCUGGUGGCCCAGAUCCUGCUCCUCGUCAGCUUCCGCUUCGAGCCGGGCACGCUUCCCUGUAAAAUCCUGGCCGUCCUGCUGCACUUCUUCUUCCUGAGUGCCUUUGCCUGGAUGCUGGUGGAAGGGCUACACCUGUACAGCAUGGUCAUCAAGGUGUUCGGCUCCGAGGGCAGCAAGCACUUCUACUACUACGGGAUUGGCUGGGGAUCUCCGCUGGUAAUCUGCGUGGUGUCUGUGACCUCAGCCUUAGACAGCUACGGUGAAGUGGGGAACUGCUGGCUCUCUCUGGAGACUGGAGCCAUCUGGGCCUUCGUGGCACCUGCACUCUUCGUCAUAGUGGUGAACAUCGGGAUUUUGAUUGCCGUGACCAGGAUAAUAUCCAGGAUCAGCGCUGAGAACUACAAGGUGCACGGAGAUGCCAAUGCAGUCAAACUGACCGCCAAGGCCGUGGCUGUUCUCCUGCCUAUCCUGGGGAUAUCCUGGAUCUUUGGGGUGCUGGCCAUUAAUGAUCACUCCCUAUUCUUCCAGUACAUGUUUGCUGUGUUAAACUCCUUACAGGGAUUCUUCAUUUUCCUGUUCCACUGUCUUCUCAACUCUGAGGUCAGAGCUGCCUUCAAGCACAAAACCAAGGUGUGGUCUCUCACCAGCAGCUCCAUCCGUAACAUCAAUGUGAAGCCUUUCAACUCAGACGUUAUGAAUGGAAACAAGGCAGGAGUGAGCCCCACCAAGAUGCACACGUGGGACAAAAGCACCAAUUCGGCCAAUCGCAUUGACCUAUCGGCAGUGUAGCCCCGCCCCCACUCCCCAAGACCACGCUCACUGGCUUCCACUGGAGGA